CAAUGAUUCCGCGACAGACAAACUACACGCCGCGAAGAGUCAUACUCGUCGCACACCACACCACGCCACACACCCUCGAGGCCACAGUAUCGUUCCGACGCCCCAAAUUACAAAUGUUGUCUCGAUAGCAAUGCGAGUAUUCCUGCAGAGACCGACACGAGGACCGUGACGAACCCUUCCCUGGGCGCAAACCCAAAGCUGCGACAGCCCACAUCGACGACAACUACACCGAGACAGGCAUACGGUACCCGCAACCCGUCGCAUAUAACCAGGAUCAGUGUUUGACAGCCUUCCCUCAAUAUGGCGGCCCGAGGCUCGUCCGCGACCGUUCCGAUGAAGGAGCAGGUCGUCGACAACCUGCCCAAACGCUUCAAGGGCAUGAAAUUCGGCGUACAGUCAAUCCAAGAUGUUGUCAGCCAGGGCGUUUUGGAGGUGUCCCAGCGCACUCUGUACGACAUGGAGAACAACCGUGCCCCCGUCGCGAACGGCGCCCUCGACCCUCGACUAGGAAUAUCUAGCAAGAUCGGAAAAUGUGCCACCUGCAACCUUCCUCUGCAAAAUUGCGUCGGCCACUGGGGUCACGUCAGACUCGCCCUUCCCGCCUUUCACAUAGGCUACCUCCGAUUCACCCAGACCAUCCUUCAGAAUAUCUGCAAGGACUGCGGAAAGGUCCUCCUGACCGAAGACGAGCGACGAGAUUUCCUCAAGGAGUUGAGGCGGCCAGGCAUCGACAACCUUAGGAGGACCAUGAUUUGCAAGAAGAUCAACGAGCAAUGCAGGAAAUGCAAGGAGUGUCCUUACUGUGGCGCCAUCAACGGUCAGAUCCGAAAACUGGGAGUCAUCAAGCUGGCCCACGACAAGUUCGUGACCUACAACAAAUCCACGGCCGCAAAGAAGGUCGCGCCCGAGAGCAAGCUCCAGUACGAUGCAUCUUUCAAGGAGGCCAAGAAGUCGAACCCCGACCUCGAAAAGCACGUUAAGAAGGCUAUGGAGGAUCUGAACCCCCUCAGGGUACUGAACCUUUUCAAGCUGAUCGGCCCCACCGACUGCGAGCUGCUCGGAAUAGACCCAGCCGAGGGAAGGCCAGAAAUGUUCUUGUGGCAGUUCAUCCCUGCGCCUCCAAUCUGUAUCCGCCCAUCCGUGCAGCAGGACAGCUCGAGUACCGAGGAUGACCUGACUGCUAAACUUGCAGAAAUCGUCUACAUCAGUGGUCUCAUCCGCGCAGCUCUCGACAAGGGACAGCCAAUCACGACCAUCAUGGAGCAGUGGGAAUACCUACAGUUGCAGAUCGCCAUGUAUGUUAACAGUGAUGUGCCAGGUCUGGUGCAGCCUGGCUUCGGUAAAGCAGUCCGAGGGUUCUGCCAGCGGUUGAAGGGAAAGCAAGGCCGCUUCCGUGGAAACUUGUCCGGAAAGCGUGUCGACUUCUCCGGCCGUACCGUCAUUUCGCCAGAUCCCAAUCUAGGUAUCGACCAAGUCGCAGUGCCUCAGCUUGUGGCCAAGAACAUGACCUACCCAGAACGUGUCAAUUCUACCAAUAUCGAAGCUAUGAGAGUAGCUGUCAGGAAUGGCACACAGCAAUGGCCAGGCGCCAACGGCAUCAUUAAAAAGGACGGCGGUUACAAGGUCAACCUGAAGUUUGGAAACCGAGAUUUGAUAGCGAAUGACCUCGCAGUGGGUGAUAUCGUGGAGCGCCACCUGGUCGACGGAGAUGUCGCCCUCUUCAACCGACAGCCAUCCUUGCACAAGCUGAGUAUAAUGAGCCACUUGGUCAAGGUCCGGCCCUGGAGGACUUUCCGCCUAAACGAGUGUGUGUGUACGCCAUACAACGCCGAUUUUGACGGAGAUGAGAUGAACCUGCACAUCCCACAGACGGAGGAGGCGCGUGCCGAAGCCAUCACACUAAUGGGAGUCAAACACAACCUGGCGACGCCCAAGAACGGAGAACCUAUCAUUGCGGCCACACAAGAUUUCAUUACAGCAGCAUAUCUUCUCAGCAGCAAGGACAAAUUCUUCGACCGCAAGUCCUUCACAUAUAUCUGCGAAAUGAUGCUGGAGGGAAGCGGUCACCUCGACCUUCCACCUCCUGCCAUUCUCAAGCCCACCGCGUUGUGGACUGGCAAGCAGGUCUUCAAUAUCCUGAUCCGCCCGAACCUGCAAUCUCCAGUCAAGGUCAACUUGGACGCCAAGUGCAGAGAAUACAAGCCACGGCCUGGCAUGGCUCCUGAUAUGUGUCCAAACGACGGUUGGCUGGUCAUCCGAAACUCAGAGAUUAUGUGCGGAGUCAUGGACAAGUCCACUGUUGGAUCUGGAAAGAAGGACUCGAUAUUCUACGUGAUAUUGCGAGAUUAUGGUCCAGAUGCCGCAGCUGGCGCCAUGAAUCGGCUUGCGAGGCUUUGCGCGAGAUCCUUGACAAAUGAAGGAUUCUCGAUCGGUGUCGGUGACGUGUUCCCGAUCAACGGCCUGACCGAAUCCAAAGACAGACUUGUGGAGGCUGCGUACAAGAAGUGUGACGAGCUGAUUGCAACGUACAAGGCCGGAAAGCUGGAGAAGGCUCCCGGAUGCGACAUGGAACAGACCCUCGAAAACUCAAUCUCAGGUAUUCUUAGUAAGGUCCGUCAAGAAGCUGGUCAACAAUGUGUGGACACCCUAAGUCACAACAAUGCACCACUUACCAUGGCCAACUCGGGUUCGAAAGGUUCAGCUAUCAACGUCGCUCAGAUGGUUGCUUGUGUCGGGCAGCAAAUUAUCGGAGGUCAGCGUGUGCCGGACGGCUUCCAAGACCGAAGUCUGCCUCACUUCCACAAGAACGCCCGCCAGCCCAACUCGAAGGGUUUCGUCCGCAACAGCUUCUAUACUGGCUUGGUCCCUUCAGAGUUCCUUUUCCACGCCAUUUCUGGAAGAGAAGGUCUGGUCGAUACCGCUGUCAAGACAGCCGAAACUGGUUACAUGUCGAGACGACUAAUGAAGUCCCUGGAAGACUUGUCUACUGGUUACGAUGAGACGGUCCGUACAUCCAACGGCGGAAUUGUUCAGUUCCAAUUCGGAGCAGACAACCUUGAUCCCGUCGACAUGGAGGCUUCUGGAAAGCCUGUGCACUUUGACCGUACAUGGACACAUGCGGAGACGCUGACUUGGGAUAAUACCGAGCCAACAUUGCUACCGCGUGAGAUCAUGGAGGUUUGCAAGUCAAUGUUGGAUGUUGAGCGCGCUAAAUACAUAAGGCGGCGGAUGACUGACGGCAAAGUGCUCGACUACGACGACGACAGUAACAUGUCGAUCGACGAACACGAGAGUGCACGUAUUUUCCUCCGAGACGUGGAGGGCUACGUGGGAGCCCGUGCGAAGAAGCUUUCAAAUGCCCGACGUGAAGUUGGAUUGAACCCGGGCGAUGAGGAAGCAAUGGAGAUCGACACGGCUUUUGAGGAUGAGAUCAGUCUAGCGCGUGUUGAGCGUGUUGCCAAGGUCUCCAGGACUACCCUGCAGAAGUUCAUCCGCCUCUGCCUGGACAAGUACAAGCAAGCUCAUGUUGAGCCUGGACAUGCAGUCGGCGCAGUUGGAGCACACUCCAUUGGAGAACCAGGUACCCAGAUGACGCUCAAGACUUUCCAUUUUGCUGGUGUUGCCGGUAUGAGUAUCACACAAGGUGUGCCGCGUAUCAAGGAAAUUAUCAACGCGUCGAAGAACAUCAGCACGCCGGUCAUUACGUGUCCGUUGGAGAACAAGAAGCAGAUCGAGGUUGCCAAGGUUGUCAAGGCUCGAAUUGAGAAGACCUUUGUCUCCGAUGUCAUCAAGCACAUCGAGGACGAGUGGCUUUCCGACCGAGGCUUGGUCGUCCUCGAGGUGGAUAUGGAGGUCCUUCAGGAUAUGCACUUGGGCAUUGGUCCGAGAGACAUCGCCGAGGCCAUCGUGAAGCACAAGAAGUUGAAGGUGCACAGGGAGGACAUCAACGUCGGCCCAUCCUACAUCGAGAUCAGCGUACGUAACACGUGGACGGAUCUCGCUGAACAGAAGCGGCUGGCCCGGAACGGCAAGUCCACCACCGUGAUCGAGAGCGCCUCGGACCUCCUGCUGCGCGUCAACUACCUCCGCCGCAUGCUCCCGACCGUGGCCAUCUCGGGCUACCCCGACGCCACCCGAGCCAUCAUCCAGACGUCCGAGCAGUCCGAACACACGGUGCUCGUCGAAGGGUACGGCCUGGCGGCGUGCAUGACGACGGAGGGCGUCAUCGGCACCAAGACGCGGUCCAACAACGUCAUGGAGUGCCGCGACAUCCUGGGCAUCGAGGCGGCGCGGAGCACCAUCGCCAACGAGAUCGCCGAGGUCAUGGGCGACAUGGGCAUCGACCCGCGGCACAUGCAGCUGCUGGCCGACGUGAUGACGUACAAGGGCGACGUGCUCGGCAUCACGCGGUUCGGCCUGCAGAAGAUGCGCGACUCGGUUCUGCAGCUCGCCUCGUUCGAGAAGACGGCCGACCACCUGUUCGAGGCCGCCGCCGCCAUGAAGACGGACAAGAUCGAGGGCGUGUCCGAGUCCAUCAUCAUGGGCCAGUCCAUGUCCAUCGGCACGGGCUCGUUCAACGUCGUGCGCAGGAUGGGCCUGCCGGAGUGGUUCCUCGAGAAGAAGCCCACGCUGUUCGAGGACGCGUGGGGCGAGAGCGUCAAGGCGAGGAAGGAGGCCAGGCUGGCGCGCGCCGCGGCGGGGCGGAACCGGGGGGCCCUGCAGGCGGCCGCUGCUGCUGCUUAGCAGGCGCAUGCAGUUCUUAGGACACGUGGUUAGGGCCCCUUGUGUGAUAUUGAGUUUGGGGAUGGAGAAGAACGUGGAUGGGAUUGGACAGUGUCAGCGAUAAAUCAAGUUUGUAUCACCACGAACUGUUGCAGAUUUGUCUCUGCUAAAGGAUCGAGAAGGAUGUUCCAGAUACCAACCUGAGGCGAAGCCAAGCGUCGCAUUCACGACUAGCUGACCUAAACAGCCACGGAAAAGAGUAGCACGUGGGUGCAUGUCGAAGUGACACUUCAAGUUGUCUUCCUGCUGAUAUAUCGGAGACAUGAAUAUGUACAAAGAAUUCCCAACCCCGGAUCCCCCAACGCCUCACCCGCUAGAAAAC